AAAACACAAAGGCUGGUUGUGUAACUGAACAGAGGGGCUUUAUUGUUGCGCAUUAAGCGUUUGAGCGUUUAUGUUCAUUAAAACAUUCCUGCGCAGAUUGGGGGGCGAGGCGACAGCGAAGGGUGGAGGCGGCUUUUACAUAAUGAACCGCAUGCUUUUUCACGUGAAACGCGCCCUUUAUAAGCGGAUGUCUGAGCUGACACCCCGUUCGCAAACGGAGCGAGACGCGUGAAAAGUCCGCGUCAGCUGCAGCUUUGUUUUUAUUUUUUGUUUUAUUUUUUAUAUUUUUAUUAUUUAUUGGAUGCAUGAACCGGGCGCCAGGAUGGUGUCGUCGCAUCCUUUACCGGAGGGCUUCACCGAGUUUGAUGUGUUUUCGCUGGGAUCGUGUCUGCUGGUGGAAGGGCUGCUGGGCUUCUCUCUGAACGCGGUGACAAUCGUUGCUUUCCUCAAAGUCAGAGAGCUGAGGACGCCCAGCAAUUUCCUGGUGUUCAGCCUGGCCAUGGCUGACAUUGGCAUCUCCAUGAACGCCACCGUGGCAGCUUUCUCCAGCUUUCUGAGGUACUGGCCUUACGGCUCAGAAGGGUGCCAGACUCAUGGCUUCCAGGGCUUCAUGACGGCCCUCGCCAGCCUCAACUUCAUAGCAGCCAUCGCCUGGGACAGAUAUCACCAGUAUUGUACUAGGACGAAGCUGCAGUGGAGCAGCGCCAUCGGUCUGGUUGUUUUUGUUUGGCUUUUUGCUGCCUUCUGGGCAGCUAUGCCCCUCAUUGGCUGGGGAGAGUACGACUACGAGCCCCUCAGGACUUGCUGCACACUGGACUACAGCAAGGGAGACAGGAACUAUGUCUCCUACUUGAUCCCGAUGAGCAUUUUUAACCUGGGCGUUCAGACGUUUGUGGUCCUGUCCUCCUACCAGUCCAUUGCACACAAGUUCAAAAAAACAGGAAACCCCAGGUUCAACCCCAACACUCCUCUAAAAGCUUUGUUGUUCUGCUGGGGUCCCUACGGCAUCCUGGCGUUCUACGCUGCUGUGGAGAACGCCACCCUGGUCUCGCCUAAACUCCGGAUGAUCGCUCCCAUCCUGGCGAAGACAUCUCCCACCUUCAAUCCCCUCCUGUAUGCUUUGGGAAAUGAGAACUACAGGGGAGGCAUUUGGCAGCUUGUUACCGGGGAGAGGAUUGAUGUGCCUCCAACUGAUAAUAAGUCCAAAUAAACAAAGUUGCUGUAUCUGUCUGUGUGAGCGUGUGUACGUGUGCUGUGUCUCGAGCAGUAAGAACCUCUUGUGUACAUCUGUUUUCUCGUUUCCUUCACAGCUGAGUUUGAAGAAUAUGGGGACAUUAUGAAGCAACGUUGGGACAUGUUGUUGUCAUGCUACCAAAAAUGGGCUUAAUGAGUUUAGAUUGAAGACCAGUGUGAUUCUGUUGUAUUAUAUGAUGCACAGUAUAACAGUAGAUGUGGUCUUUUUGUCUGUCCAGUUUCAAUAUCAUGUUUUGUAUUCAUUUCAAGCUCAUUGUAUUUAUUGUUGAACCAUGUACGUCUCUAUUUAAACAAAAUAGAGCUCCAUAAUUCAGUUUCUCAUUUUUAGCCUGUUUGUAUGACUUUUUUUCCCAUCGGAUGUUGCCUGUGGUUAAAGAGAAAAUACCACAAAUAUCUUUUAUUUUAUCUAGCUGACUGUGUUUUGGCAUGAUGUCAGUAGACCUGAGGGGCAGGGACCUGAAAGUGCACAAACCACAGAUAGCCCAUCCUGCUUUCUGCAUCCAGAGUAAAUCUGCAGUAAUCCUCUAAACAAUAGGGCUUUUCUUCAGCACACAGUUCAAAAUGACAGGUUGGAGAUUAGUCAGCAGCUGUAGAUUAGGAUCAGGAUAAACGAAUCAGAACUGUUUAUUUACCUGAACAGAGAAGAUUCAUCUUUUGGACUGUGUCUUGUUGUUCUGAGAUUCAUUCUGCAAUUUAAACAUCCAUUAUGUGACUGUUUUCAUAUCAAAACAAACCUUGCAUAAAUGCCUGACUUUGAGAACAGAGGGUUUCGACUUUUUUUGCAUUUAAUACAAAAGGUUUUAAAAGUCAAGUAGUCCAUUUUUAUAUAGUAUACUGUAUAAGAUGUAAUAAGGAAUGUAUGUGUUUCUAAACUGAUUUGCUUUAUUGCAAGAGCCGUUGAUGUUAAAUGUCUGCUUUGUGUUGCACACGUGACUCGUCACACACAGUAAAUCCCAAACAGCACAAACUAAUGUUAACCCAAAUUAUCACAGCUAAAGUGAUUCGUAUUUUUAAUCCUGUGAAAUAUUCCCUUAAUAUACUGUAUAUGAUUUUACUGUUAGGUUAACAAUAAUAAUGUUUUAUGUAAUUAUAUGUCCAGUGAGUUUUGUAUUUUUAGUGUUUCAAAAACAAAAAUAAUUGUGUGUUAAACAUUAAUAAAGCAGCGCAAAUAUGAAAA